AUGUACUUUGUUGUAAGCAAUUUAGCAGGUUAUUUAUAUCCUGCAUAUGCAUCCUUUAAAGCUGUUAAGACAAACGACGUACAAAGUAUAAUGUCUUGGUUGAUUUACUGGAUUGUCAUGGCUUUAUUCUCAGUUGGAGAAGAUACUGCAGAUAAAUUUGUUGCCAUUUUAUUACGAAAUAAAGAUGAUAUUCAUACUGUGGUUGAUCCUUCCACAAACUCGGCAGCGAUUCUCUACGAAUCUUUUGUUGUUCCAACCUUAACACGUCAUGAGAAAGAAAUUGAUACAGCAUUAGGAAUGGCACAUGAACAAGCAACUAAUAAAGGAGCGGAAUUAGGAAAGCAAGGAUUAUCUAAGUUGUAUCAGGCAGCUGUUGAGGGUCUUGUAAAGACUGGCUUUUAUACUUCUGACACGUCCACUAAUCAACCUUCGCCCAAUUCUACGCCCAAUUCUAAUGGAUAUAUUAAAGAAUAUAUUCAACAGAGUAGUUUAAGAACAAUGUUAUUUCGUAGGAGCAAUUCUUAA